GAGAACGUACUUGGUCUAACUAUAAUCUUACCCCACAUCUUAUUCCCUAGCCUUGCAUUUUAGCGUCCCUACCCAUGAAGUACCAUCACCACCAUCACGUCACACAUCAUUCAAGCUGUUCGUCGUUGCCAUCUUAUUCAACCGAGUCAAAACACACAUCAACAGCUUCACUCCCUCGAACCUGCAGUCUUCUCAUUCAAUCGGAUCACAAUGUCAACUAUUUUCGCUCGUGUAGUUCCAAGAACAAUUCGUGCAUUGCCCCGUGCUUCUCUUGUUCAGAACUCCUUCAGAGCUCAAGUUGUUGCCCCUCUUCCGCGACGAUUCCUGGCCACAAACACUUUACCAGAGCAACCGCGAUUGAGAUUGGGUUCCGAAGCACCCAACUUCCAAGCCGAAACAACCCAAGGCCCUAUUGAUUUUCAUAAGUUUAUCGGCGAUAGAUGGACAGUUUUGUUCUCCCACCCCGCAGACUUCACUCCAGUUUGCACGACCGAACUUGGUGCUUUUGCGAAACUGAAGGAUGAAUUUGAGAAACGGGACGUGAACAUGAUUGGUUUGUCCGCAGAUCCUCUCCCUUCCCACAAAGAAUGGAUUAAAGACAUCAACGAAGUCUCUGGGACCACACUGCAAUUUCCCAUCAUCGCGGAUGCGGACCGCAAAGUUGCUUACCUCUACGAUAUGCUUGACGCUCAAGACACAACCAACAUUGAUCAAAAAGGCAUUGCAUUCACCAUUCGAUCCGUCUUUGUGAUCGAUCCUGCCAAAAAGAUCAGACUUACGAUGAUGUACCCAGCUAGCUGUGGGCGAAAUACUAAGGAAGUUCUAAGAGUUAUUGAUAGCUUGCAGACGGCAGAUAAGAAAGGUGUCACUACACCCAUCGAUUGGCAGGUAGGAGAUGAUGUUAUUGUGCCACCAACAGUCAAGACGGAAGAUGCGCGGAAGAGAUUUGGAAAGGUUAGAGAGGUAAAGCCUUAUUUGAGGUUUACAAACGUCGGGCAGUAAAAUUUAUGUUCUAUCUUUGCUAUCCUGAUACCAUUGUACGACAAUAGAAUUAAAAAUGCUUAGCAUUACAGAUGAGGGCUCAUUACUUCAGCGACUGAGAUCGUAGCUAAAACUUCACAACUUAUACUCCUCAUCAAAUUCAUCUCUCAGCCAACAGAAAUUCUAGUCUUCGAAACGAUGACGCAAAUGCUCCCGAGGCCUCCACAAAUUACCAGAUUACGACGUCUGGUCUCAGGUGGCCAUUCCGCAUCAAAUUUCUCGAAGUAUGCUACACGUUUGAAUGAGCCACAUCCGAAGUCCAUCAAAAUCAAUCCCAUGCAGAUUCUCCGCUCCA